CUCGGAGCUCGCGGCACCUGGGGAGGCCCCAAAGCCUGUUACCCCGAAGAAGCUCCUCCCCUCGGGCGGAGACGGCGCGGAGGAGUCACCGCCCCGGCCCCGCCGCCGGGACAGUACCCCGAGGCCGCGGCCGAAGCGCCGAGUUCUCCCGCCGUCUGUCGCGGAGCAUGGGCUGCUGACAGCCAUGGAGGGCUACCGGGGCUUCCUGGGGCUGCUGGUGUCCGCGCUGCUCGUGGGCUUCUUGUCGGUGAUCUUCGUGCUCGUCUGGGUCCUGCACUACCGAGAGGGGCUUGGCUGGGACGGCGGCGCGCUCGAGUUUAACUGGCACCCGGUGCUCGCGGUGACCGGCUUCGUCUUCAUCCAGGGCAUCGCCAUCAUCGUGUACAGAUUGCCAUGGACCUGGAAGUGCAGCAAGCUCCUAAUGAAAUCCAUCCACGCGGGGUUAAAUGCUGUGGCUGCCGUCCUCGCCAUCAUCUCCGUAGUGGCCGUGUUUGAUUACCACAGUGCCCGAAGUAUCCCCCACAUGUACAGUCUGCACAGCUGGGUUGGACUGACGGCCGUCAUACUCUAUGUCCAACAGCUUGUCCUAGGCUUUUUGAUCUUUCUGCUCCCAUGGGCUCCGCUGUCUCUCCGGGCAGUCGUCAUGCCCAUACAUGUGUAUUCUGGACUUCUCCUCUUCGGAACAGUGAUUGCGACAGUCCUCAUGGGAGUGACAGAGAAGCUGUUUUUUGUCCUGAAAAAUCCUUCAUACCAUUCAUUCCCACCAGAGGGUGUUUUCACAAAUACCCUGGGCCUUCUGAUUGUGGUAUUUGGAGCCCUCAUCUUCUGGAUUGUCACCAGACCACAGUGGAAACGUCCCAGAGAACCCGGCUCUAUCCUUCUUCAGCCAAACGGAGGCGCGGAGGGAAUGGAAGGCGCCAUGGCGAUAAGCACCAGCCACAGCCCAGACUCAGCAGACGCGGAGCUAAGCAGCGAGAGGGCAGCCAGGAAAAGAACCCUCGGCCUUGAUGACGCUGGCCAGAGAUCCACCAUGUGAAAUGGACAGCCAUAGCUGGAGUGCACACUCAUUGGCCACGGCCGCACAUGGAAAAUGCAAAGGAGGAAGUUAUGCCUUAUGCCAACUCUACUUGUAAUGUGAUGGAUUAUUUAGCUGUAGAUGUCCAUUUUUAAAAAGAUAACUCCGACAGGAAACUACUAUAGCUUCUAGGUCUAAUAGGAACGUAGUGGAGAAAAUGACUGUUCUUCAUUUAUGGGCUAGCUACUGAACACUUUACGUGGGAAAUAAUUCUAUCUAUAAAUUUGUCUUUUCAUCUCAGUACAUUGAUGGAAAAGUAUUGUCUUGACUAUUUUAUAAUUUUGUAGGGAAUACAUGUAUCUAUUUUUCUUGACCUUUAAUAUAGCAAUAAAAAGCGACUUCUAA